UUCUUCCGAGCGAGCGAGAAGAAUUCGAUAAGAGUGCAAUUAAAAGCGUGGAAAGCGGAAGAAAGGAAGUGCGAAGUGCGUUCUUCCGAAGAGUGCAAUUAAAAGUGUAAGAAGCCAAGAACGUUUCUCCAAAAGAGCGAGAAGAAUUCACUCAGGGUUCAAUUAAAAGUGUGUGGAAAGCGGAAGAAAGUGGCGGGCGAGCGAAAUAGAGAUAAGAAGCCUUCUAAUUAUAGAGGGUCUAAAAAUAAACAACCACAAACAGCAGCAAACAAUUAGAGAGAGAGGGAACGAGUUAAGCGCUCUCCCAAAGAAAGAGAUAGAGAUAAGGACGAACAGAGAGCAAGCGCAGCUCAAUAUAUAUGAGAGAAGAGUGAGAGCGAAAGAGAGGGGGAGAUCGCGGGAGAUGGGAAUACGAGAUACUGAUGCUCCCAAGAAACGGCAGCUUUACGUUCCAGCAUCCAAGCGUCCAGCUUCCAAAAGCGUUUCCAAUUCCAAGCCAGUCGCAACGUCAGCGGAAUACCGCUACAAUUCGCAUUGCCAGUCGAUCAGUCGAUCAGUUGCUCAGUCGCCUGCGGUCCGAUAGAUAUACCCGCACUCUUCUGCUCGUGCCACAAUACAUCACGCGAUGCAACAACAACUUGUGGGCGCAGCAGCAGCAGAAAACGCAGCAGCAGCAGCCGCAACAGCAGUCGAAAACGCAGCAGCAGCAGCAGAAGUUAGCCACUUGUUCGAUUGCCCGCACUCCACCAAACGCCUAUCGAUAGCAAAAGGACUUUAAUCGAUCUUCAAUCGCAAAGGAUACAAAUAUUUAUCGGCUCCGCUUUUUUUUUCAUUUUUUUUUUUUUUUUUGCACGUACAAUAACCCAAUCUAAACCCACCACAAACAAGAAGGAAAAUUACCCCUUAUUUUUAGUCGUUUUGUUUUGUUUUUCGUCAAUCAAUUGUGAUUUUGAAACUGUGUGAUCGCAAAAGAAAAUCUGCAAAUUAGCAAAAAAAGAAAGUUCCUUAAGCAAGUGAUAAACCCGUUAGAAACUCUAUAGACGGAAAGUGAAAAGGGAGCCCCCGGAUUUAUAUAAACACUAUAUGCCUAAAACACACACAUUCACAAUAUAUACGUUUUAUAAUCCGCGUGUAUCAAACAACAUAUAAAUAUAUACAUCGAAAGCCUUGAUUGUUAUAUAUUAAGGACAGCAAAGGAAACCAAUAUAUAUAUAACAUUAAACUCGGAAAGAACAGCAUGCAAAUAUGAUUCCCGUAGUGCCAACGUCCAGAAUCCUGCUAGUCCUGGCAACCAUAAUCGCCGUGCUAGUGCUGAUCAGCAGUUGGGUGCCCCAGGUGGCAAGUAGUCCGAUCGCACCGGCGGACUAUCAACAAAGACGAGUGAUGUGCUCCACCAAUCUCAGUGAAUUCAUACAGAACCUAUGCGAAUCUGGAACGAUGUCCUACGGCGAUCGUUAUCCCAACAGUUUUGGGAAACGCAGGAAGCGAGAUGUGCAGUAUGUCGCCGAUCAGUGCUGCAAACCGGGGGGAUGCACCUACACGGAGCUAUUAAACUACUGCAAAGAAUGAUAAUUUUCCCGAAUUGGUGUUGAGUUGAUCAACCGUUACUCCACAACACUCCACUACACUCCACUAUACUGAACUUCACUCCGCACUCUACGCCUUGCACCUUACACACCCUACACACUCUACACCCAACACCCCAGACCAUUCCAAACUCCAUCAUUCUUAAGCCUUAAGAUAAAACGAGCAAACAGCAGUCUCCCUUAGAGUACACUAAGUAUAUUUUACUAAUUUAAACUAUACACUAACUCAAUUCUGUACAAUAAAAAAAUGCAAAUGAACGAGAGAA